AUGGACGAACAGUACGACGCCAUAGUCCUCGGCACCGGUCUCAAGGAAUGCAUCCUCUCUGGAAUGCUGUCGGUCUCGGGCAAGAAAGUGCUCCACAUCGACCGGAACAAGUACUAUGGCGGCGAGUCUGCGUCAAUUACACCCCUCGAGGAUCUGUUUGGCAAGUUUGGCUUCGACUCUACCACUGUCAACGUCGAAGAGUACGGUCGAUCCCGGGACUGGAAUGUGGAUUUGAUUCCCAAGUUUUUGAUGGCUAAUGGAUCUCUGGUCAAGCUUCUGAUUCAUACUGGAGUCACGCGCUACCUAGAGUUCAAGUCUUGCGAAGGAAGCUACGUGUACAAGGGGGGCAAGAUUUUCAAAGUCCCAGCCGAUGAGAGGGAGGCACUUGCUUCAAGCUUGAUGGGACUGUUUGAGAAGCGUCGCUACCGGAGCUUCUUGGUUUUUGUGCAAAACUUUAACCUUGAUGACCCAAAGACCUGGCAGGCGAUUGACCCAAACAAGACCACUGGUGCCGAGCUGUACCAGUACUUUAAGCUGGACAAGGAGACGGCCGACUUUACGGGUCACGCUCUGGCCCUUUAUCGCGACGACGAUUACCUGCAAGACACCUGCUUGGAUCUGAUUAAUCGCGUGAAGCUGUACAGCGAGUCGCUGGUUCGCUAUGGCAAGAGUCCGUACCUGUAUCCGCUUUACGGCCUGGGCGAGCUGCCGCAAGGUUUCGCGCGUUUGAGCGCAAUUUACGGAGGCACCUACAUGCUGGACAAGCCAGUCGAUGAGAUUGUCUUUGAAAAUGGCAAGGCGGUGGGAGUAAGAUCCGGCACCGAGGUGGCCCGCUGCAAGCAAAUUUAUUGUGAUCCAUCCUAUGUGCUUGACCGAGUUGAUAAGGUGGGUCAGGUCGUUCGAUGCGUUUGCAUUCUGAACCAUCCCAUUCCAAAUACAAACAACGCUCUCUCCUGUCAAAUCAUCAUUCCCCAGAAACAAGUCAAUCGAAAGUCAGAUAUUUACAUAUCGGUUGUCUCCUACACCCAUCAAGUGGCCGCCAAGGGGUGGUUCAUUGCGCUGGUUAGCACAACCGUCGAGACCAGUAACCCCGAAGCUGAAAUUGUCCCCGGUCUAAACAUUCUUGGUCCAAUCAAGCAAAAGUUUGUCAUGGUCAGCGAUUUGUACAAGCCAAAGGACGACGGCAAGGAAAGCCAGAUUUUCAUCUCGCAAAGCUUUGAUGCCACCUCACACUUUGAGACCACCUGCAAUGACGUUGUCGACAUUUUCCGUCGUGGCACCGGCGAGGACUUUGACUUUUCCAAAGUAAAGCUUGACCUUAACGAAGAACAGUAG